AUGGUUUGUGAAGAGAAUGAAACUGAUAUUGAUAUUGGAAUUCUUACUGUGAUGCUUCCACAAGAUGCUGGUGAAAACAUUAAAAGUCAUAUACAAAACAAAUCGAUAGUGUCUGUGCAGUUAUACUCUCCGCUGCGCCCAUUAGUUGAUGUAGCGGAAGUGUUUUUAUGGCUUAUGGCUGUUGGUACCAUUCUCUGUGCUUCUUAUUGGUCUGCCUGGACAACUAGAGAGACUGCUGUUGAGCGGGAGAAGCUAUUAAAGGAUGCUUCGGAUGAAUAUUUGAAUACUGAGAAUGCUGGUUCUACUGGUUAUGUAGAAAUCAGUACCAUGGCAGCAAUUUCUUUUGUUGUGAUCGCUUCUUGUUUCUUGCUUAUGCUUUACAAAUUAAUGGCAUCCUGGUUUAUUGAAGUUCCGGUGGUUCUAUUUUGCAUUGGUGGUGUUGAGGUGCGUUAUUCUUUUCCAGAUUUUGUUCCAGUUUAUUACGAUCACUCCCUCACGCCUCCUUUUCGUGUAGAUUAG